GAGGCCGCGGCGGGCGGCGCUGGCCCGGGCCCGCUCCUGCUGCGGGCGGCGGCGGAAACAACUGAAAAUGUCUCAGAAUCCUGACAAGCCCCUUUCAAGCGAAGAAAAGUCGAGUGGUUUGGAGGAUGGUCAGGAGAGCUUGGACAACCCGGAUCAGUCUAUCAGAAAAAGAAUACGACAGAGUGCUCCAGGUUCAUACAGAGAUGAUACACCAAAGUCCAGCCCUCCUCGGCCUGUGUCGGUGGAAGAGCUCAUGGAAACAGCCAAGGGAGUAACCAACAUGGCGCUAGCACAUGAAAUUGUUGUGAACGGAGACUUCCAGAUCAAACCAGCUGAGUUACCAGAACACAGCUUGGAAAAAAAAGUAAGAGAUAUUGUGCAUAAAGCUUUCUGGGAUUGUCUGGAAGCUCAGCUAAAGGAGGAUCCACCGACAUAUGACCAUGCAAUUAAACUAUUGGGAGAAAUUAAAGAGACUCUCCUGUCUUUCUUGUUGCCUGGCCAUACAAGACUAAGAAAUCAGAUUACAGAAGUUCUUGAUCUGGAUUUGAUAAAACAGGAGGCAGAGAAUGGGGCCCUGGACAUUUCAAAGUUGGUAGAAUUUGUUAUUGGAAUGAUGGGGACUCUCUGUGCUCCAGCUCGCGAUGAAGAAAUAAAGAAACUGAAAGAUAUUCAUGAAAUAGUCCCUCUGUUCAGAGCCAUUUUCUCUGUAUUAGACCUAAUGAAAAUGGAUAUGGCAAACUUCGCUGUCAGUAGUAUUAGGCCAAAAUUAAUGCAGCAGUCUGCUGAAUAUGAAAGAAAGAAGUUUCAGGAGUUUCUUGAGAAACAGCCAAAUUCUUUAGACCUUGUCACUGAAUGGUUGCAAGAAGCAGCAGAUGAUCUUGAGAAGCUGAGAAGUAACAGGUUACCUCCCCACGGCAGUGGUGAUGGUGCUGCUGGUGAAGCUUCUGCAUUGUGCCCCACUGCUGUACAAAAUCAGGCGUAUCUGAAGCUACUCAAGUGGGAUCACAUGAACAGGCCUUUCCCAGAAACAGUGCUAAUGGACCAGAGCCGCUUUCAGGAAAUACAGCUGGAACUGGAACAACUCCUCUUGACCGGGACUGUCCUUUUGGUCGUGUUCAGUGCAGCAGGCUCAGCACUUGUUGAUAUUCCUGGAUUUGCUGAGAAAAUCAAAACCAUUGUCAAGGUGCUGCUGACAGGAAUGCAUCUUCCCGCCUUUAACCUGAAGGAAUCUUUGGCUACCAUUGGUGAAAAGGUGUGCGCUGAAGUCAACAGCUGCCUUUCCCAGCACGGGUUUACACCAUUCACAGCUGAGAGAGAGACUGUACUUAAAGGACAAAUCCAAGCCGUGGCCAAUCCUGAUAACACCAUAUGUAAACUAAUAGAUUCUCGAAUCCAAAAGUUUCUGGAGAAUUAUCUUGCAUCUAGUCACCAGAAAUCAUUACCUGCUAUUCCUGGAGGAUUAGGUCCUAUUCAAAGAGAGCUGGAAGAGAUUGCUGUCAAGUACGUCCGUCUGGUCAACUACAACAAAAUGGUCUUCAGCCCUUAUUAUGAUGCUGUUCUUGCCAAAAUACUGACCAAGGAAGAAUCCCAACUUGCAGGGAAGUCAAAAGAAUCUUAAACGCAGUUUGCUACCAAUACAGUAUUAAAUUUGUCAGCUAUUUUAAAAAAAAUGCACCAAUAUUUGUCUAGGAAAACAGCUUUUCAUGUAAACACCAGUUCCUUUUAACUCACUAGUGAUGACUAAUGAGGAAGAUCAAUGAAUUGCAAUAAGGGUUCUGAAGGAAAUGAUGAAAGAGAGAUGCAUUUAUAAUGUAAGUUUGCAAUGUUGGGAGGGGGAAUGUCCUGGUAGUUUUCUGGCUGCAAUUUUUAGAUUUUUGAGUGGGUGCUAGGUAGGGUAAGUUUAAGAACCAAACUUUGUUUUUAAGUGGAUCAUUUUAGGGCUUUUUACUCUAAUUUAUCAUGAAUUUAUUUUAAUUCAUUCAGAGAUUAACAGUGGUCCUUCCCUGCCGAGGUGAUUUGGCUUUAAAAAGAUCUUACUUUAAAGACUUCAGAAGUAAGCUAAAAUUGUAGAUAGGAGAAACUUUAACAGGCAGAAAACAAAGCCAAACAGCACUUUACUGUAACAUUAUGGUUAGUAUGGUAGACUACUAGUUUUUUCUGCAUUUUUGAUAGCGUUUUUUUGCUGUUUACCUUCAGAUGUUACAAAACACAAUAUAUUUUUGUAGCAAAUUUUCUGGUUAUUAGGUAACUGUCCUCUGCUUUGUACAGUACUUACAAAGGUGGCAAUCUUAUAGAUUGCAGCUGUUAUUUAUCUCUUGUAAAGUCUUCAGAAAGGCAGAGCUAAAAUGUUUUGAUAAAAGUGGCAUUUCUUACCUUUUUUUUGCAAGUAGUUUACUCCUUUUUACGUGAAAUAGUACUUUUAAAGUAAAUCUUUGUCAUUUUCAGAAGGUGGAUUUUAAGUGUGUGAAACUUUAGGCUGAAAAUUUUACUUGUUUUUUAAAACUACAACUUGAGGUGGUUGCAUAUUCAAUUAUGUUUUUGAAACUAUCCAGGAAGUGCAGAGCACUAUCAGAAGUGUGCAUGAAUUUAAAUUUACAGUGGGAAGUGAAUUAUUUAGUGUUCGUUUGAAUACACAGGGAAUAUUUUCAAUAUAUUUUUUUUUUUACUUCAUAGAGGUGUUCUUGAAACUUGAAAUAUUUUUAGAUAUUGAAUUUAAUUAGUUACAUGUUGUAUAGAUGAUUGUUCACAGAAGAGCUCAGUGAUCUUACAGCCUUAUUGCAAUUUCAAACUCAGCUAGGAGGUAAGUACCUUUUGAAGUUUUCCUCUAGUUAUUGGGCAUACCACUAUUACAGUAAUCAAAAUUUGAUGAAUUAAUGAAAACAAAGUUCAUAAUUAAUAAUAGCAAGUGUCCUAAAUGCUAGACUGUACCCAAAAUAAAAUGUGUGUUCUUCUUUAAAUACAUAUAUAUAUGUAAAAUAAAUAAAUGGCCCUUCUAUUGUUAACAUCCAGGUUUGUUUUAUUAAUCAACAAGUCAACCAAAAUAAUAGGCCUUCUAGAAGGAAGCACUUAAUUAUGAAUCAUUGUUAAUGCUUUCCUUUCCAGCUUUGCUUUAGAUGUCAGCAUGGAUAUAGAUGCACUAAAUUUGAGUUUGGAUGAAGGCCUUUUGUUCUCUAUUAGCCUGUGCAACUAUUAAACCAUUUUUUCUCGUUCAUUACAAAUCUGCCUUCCCCAAAGGGAAAAAAAGAAAUGUCCCUGUAGCAAGAGCUCACCAGCUCAGACAAGUGAUUUUUUUCCCUUGGCUAAGUUUACUCAAAUAGUAAAAUUGAUGUCUGUCUUUGCAUCUCUUUGGUAACUCAAAAAUGAGUCGGUUUUUGAUGUGGUCUAUUUAUUUGUUUGAAUCAGCUAUGGUUACUGCAGAGGUCUUCAAGAGUGCUGCAUCUGCUUAAUGUACUUUGUUAUUAAUGCAGAUUCCACCUUGAAAUACAGUCUCUAGCUCUGCAGCUCCAAAAAUUAAUUCAGUGGUCAGGGUAUCAAAAAAGCUACCCAAAACAUUAUUUCUAGAGUUUGGGGAAAAAAAAAAACAAACAAAAGUUUUUUCCUGUUUUUUUUUUUUUUCCUUUUUAUAACUGAGUGUUGCUGAAGUUAGAAAUUGCUGCUGUUAUUUUACAUUCUACUAUUGCCUAGAGGCUUCUUUAAAAGACCCCUGUGAACUAAGCAUAUUACAAGAAGUUAGAUGCUGUAGGUGAUGGUGUGAAGGAUGUGUGAAGGAACAACAUCACGGUGAAACAACGUAGUUGGAAAAGUACAUGACUGAUGACAGAAUGAAUGGGACUAAAUUAUGAAUAGAUAAAAUUGUACUUACUUAAUCUAGGCGAUGGCUGCUCCCAGUUCUGGAAUUCAGGGUCCAUGGCUGCCAGCUCCCUGUUACUCUGACAUCAAGGCAUGGAUUGUGCUGCUGCUAGUGCAUGCGUAUUGCUCGCUGGGUCGAUGCAGUAAGUCCCAUCUCUCCUCUCAGUAGGGGUUUGCUGUAGAAAAAUGCGCAAUACUUAGAGCUGGCUCCUCUCUCACCUUUGGGGUUACACACUGGGAAUGAGCACCUCAAUUUUUGUAAGCUUUUGUAGGCCUUUCAGCAGCAAAAAGAUCUAAAGAGGCUGUAAUAAUUACCCACAAGUAUAAAUUCCAUUAGUGAUUUUUCCCUGUUUGUUUUUUAAUGCUAGUGGUUGACAAAUAGUUUCUCCACAUUGUCUUUAAAAGAGAUAGGCAAAUAUCAUUAAGUGACAAAGCAAAAAAGAAAUACUAGGAUUGAUGAGACCAGACCUUACCUCCAUGUGAAUAUUCAUAUGGGUAUACGUACGUUGUUUCCAUCUUUCAGUCUGGUAGAUACCAGCAGUGACCUGCAGUCAUCUCUACUGCUGGUGGUGGAAUUGUCUUCCAACUUGUCUGACAAGUAUCUUAAUUCCUGUAGUUCACGGGGUUCUUGUGGUCUUACAAGAAUGCAGUUCUGAAUAGGCGAUUACCAAUUAAAAUUAAAGUAUACGUAGAAACUGCUUCAAAAGUUCAUAUAGCCUUUUUGUUAGCUGGUUUGAAAAUAACAAGUUAAACUAUGUAGCUAAUAUAUUAACAUUUAGCUUUGUAUAUUAUAAAGUGGAAGACCAAUGCAGAUAUAUCCAGGAGGGGAUUGUGUUAGCUAGUACACCUGGACAAUCAGCAUUAGAUUUGUACCAAGUAUUGUUACGAUGGUGUCAUCUUUAAACAGUCAUGGAAUUAAAAGCAAAAAUAUACUGUAUCCUCUAGAAGAAUU